AUGGGUGAAAAACAGCAUCUAGAAGCUUGCCUCAGAAACAUUAAAACUUAUCGUAACCAGGUAAAAGCUAUGGUGAAAAAGGGGGCUGGGCUGCGAGCAGAGGGUGCCAGAGAACGUGUGAAAUGGGAUGAUUCCGAUACUGCAUUUAACAGUCGCAUCCUGACGGGAGUAAUAUCAAAUAUGAAUCAUAAGGAUCCCAAAGCGUUCCUGAUUGAUGCUAAGGCUCUUUUUAAACGUAGGAUACAGAAUGUUUUAAGAAAAGAUGCUGCUGUGAAGGUUAACACAACGUUUGGUGGUGAGUUUGAAAUGGUAAAGGGAGAUCGUGUACUUAAUGAGUACAAGUACUUUACUACCUCUAAUUCACCAAUUUAUAGAGACACCAAUCUUGAUAAAUGGUUUGAUGAAAAGGUUAUUAAACCUAUCAUGAAUAAGCUUGAAGAAUUUCAAGAACGUGAUAGUGGCUGGGCACUAAAACGAAUUGUUAAUUUAGGUGUAAACAUAAACAAAUUCACUUCUCAACUUGGAUCUUCGUACAUAGAACUUCCUCCUCAAAUUAAACGAAAAGAAGCAUGUAUUAAUAUUAAGAACGAUGAUAAUGCAUGCUUCGCUUGGGCUGUUACAUCUGCUUUAUACCCUAUUCAUAAAAAUUCAGAUAGAGUUUCAUCACUACUCAACUGUUCUCAAAUUAAAAGGUAUUCAUUUUCCAAUGACCUCCAAGCAAAUUCCAAAUUUCGAAAUUCAAAAUAA